CAUUAUUAAUUCCAUUAUCACAUCCCUCCCUCUAAGCGAUCUUCUUUCCUUUUUCUCACCUUCAUUCACCAUGAAUUCCUCCUCUAUGCCGCCGGCGCCGCUUUUAUUAUUCCUCGCUCUCGCACUAGCUCUAUUCAUCGAGCCGAUUCUCUCCGACUACUCCCCGCCGGAAUGCCCUUACCCCUGCCUACCGCCGCCGACGUCGGUCGCCUAUUACCCGCCCCCGCCACCUCCCUAUGCCUGGAGCAACUACCCUCCGCCGCCGCAGGAUUCCGGCUACCCGAACUUGCCUCCGCCUCCCCCGCAGCCGUACAACUUCCCUCCGCCAUACUAUUCGCUGCCGACGCCUCCGCCGCCGAACCCGAUCCUCCCGUGGUUCCCUUUUUACAACAGGAAUUCGCCGUCGGAGUCCGCCGCGGCUCGCCACGACCCCAUCUCCGCCGUUCCGUUACUCGCUCCGCUGCUGUUACUCUCAGUCCUUCUUAGUACGUAAUUAUUCGCCUGUUAAUUGUGUCAUCAAUCCCAUUCGCGUCGUCUUAAUUAGCUUCGUUUCCGUUCUUCGUCAAUAAAUUUUUCAUGCAUUUUUUACUUUUACGUUGUAAAAAUUUGACGAUGCUAUUAACUGCGUACGCAUGCCAAAUUAAUCA